AUGUCUGACACCGCGGAUACCAAGCCCGACCCCACCAUCACUCCUGAGGCCGCGAAGCCCGAGGAGACCCCCGCCACUGGCGAGGGUGAGAAGACCGUCACCGAGGCUGCCGCCGACACAGCCAAGGACGCCGCUGAUACCGUCAAGGACGCUGCCGCCAAGACCUCCGACAACGUGUUCUCGAUGUUCGGUGGUGGCCCCAAGAAGGAGAAGAAGGAAGAGACCGACGAGGGUGCGGACGAGCCUUCCGGCUCCUCCAAGGCCCAGAAGGAGGGCGAGGUGAGCAAUUUUUCGUCGGAGGCAUAUCGGGUCAGAUCUGGGAUUGAGGAGUUGGCCUUUUUGCGACCAGACAAUGUCAAAACGCGGGGUGUUCCCUCUCUCCCCGCCGCGCGCGUUAACCCUGAGGAUGAUGCUCCUGAAUCCCCCGAAGUUCACUUCGAGCCCGUCAUCCGCCUGACCGAGCGAAUCGAGACCAAGACCAACGAGGAGCUCGAGGAGCAGUCCUUCAAGAUGCGCGCCAAGCUCUUCAAGUUCGACCGUGACAGCAAGGAGUGGAAGGAGCGUGGUACUGGUGAUGUUCGUCUGCUCAAGCACAAGGAGAACCAGAAGACCCGUCUCGUCAUGCGUCGGGACAAGACCUUGAAGGUCUGCGCCAACCACUACAUCGUCCCCGACAUGAAGCUGAGCCCCAACGUCGGCAGUGACCGCAGCUGGGUCUGGAACGCGGCCGCCGAUGUCAGCGAGGGUGAGCCCGAGGCUCAGACCCUGGCUAUCCGUUUCGCCAACAGCGAGAACGCCAACCUGUUCAAGGAUGCCUUCGAGAAGGCCCAGGAGGAGAACGAGAAGCUCUUCAGCGCUGAGAAGUAG